AUGGUUAUUGAAAAAUUAAAACCUGUGAAUGGCUUGAAUAAAGUGAAGAAAUGGAUAGAAGAUCGCGGAUUGAAUCGUGCUGCAGUUACAAAUUCUUCUCGAACGAAUGCCGAGCUCGUGAUCUCCAUGCUUGGCCUUACAGGUUUCUUUGAGGUUGUUAUCAUAGGUGAUGAAUGUGAGCAUGCCAAGCCACAUCCAGAACCAUGCUUAAAGGCUUUGGAAGAUUUUGUAACAGGGAUCAAACCUGGAGUGAUAGCCGAGAUGCCUCUCAUCGAUAUCACCACGAGAGAUCCCGAACAAGCUUCUGCCAUCCUCAUAAAGGAUUACGAGGAUCCAAAAUUGUGGGCAGUUUUGGACAAACUCGACAGGAAAGGAGAUACCGUUGAGAAUGCAUGA